CCCUUUAGUCCCCAAAAUACCACCGAAAAAAUCAAAAGUUUCAUUUUUAAUACAGUUUCCCCCCAGCCAAGGUGCUUUUACGACUCCCUAACCUGACUUUUCCCACAAAACCACCGUUGAUAAAAGUGGCUUUUUCAUGUAUACAACCCGACUUUUUUACAAAAAUGACAACAAUAACAAUCCGGGGCGUCCCCGUGAAGUUCCCGUUCGCCCCCUACGACAUCCAGACCAAAUACAUGGAAAAAGUAAUCGACUGUUUGGAGAACCGCCAAAACGGCAUUCUAGAAUCGCCCACAGGCACAGGCAAGACUCUUUCCCUCCUGUGUGCCUCCCUAGCCUGGCUCGAAGCCCGGCGAGAAAAAUUUGCUGCACAGCCAAAAAAAUGUGACGACAGCCCCCCUAUAACCCUCCCCAGGAUCAUCUACGCGUCCCGAACGCACACACAAUUGAGUCAAGCCAUGCAGGAGAUGAAACGAACGGCUUACAAUCACCUCAAAGCGUGCGUUUUGGGGUCCCGGGACCAAAUGUGCAUAGACCCCGAAGUUAUUCAGGAAAAAAAUGCCUCGUUUAAAGUGAAUCUGUGUCGCGCGAAAGUGAAACGAAAACAGUGUAAAUAUUACCAAAGGAUUGAACGGGCGAGUCAUGUACCCCCAGUUAGCGACUUAAAUAUCAUUGAUAUCGAAGAUGUGGUUAAAUUGGGGCGUGAGUGUGAUUUUUGUCCCUACCACAUGGCCCGAGAAUUGAAAAAUCGGUCAGAUGUGGUCUUCAUGCCCUAUAAUUACUUGCUAGACCCUCGGACUAGUAAAAAUAUGGACGUUGAGAUUUUUGGAAAUAUUAUUAUUUUUGACGAGGCACACAAUAUUGAAAAAAUUUGCGAAGACUCAGUUUCGGUACAAAUCAAAUCGAGUGAUGUUGAUUCAGCUGUUGAGGAUGUUGAGUCUGUUAAUGAAGUUUUAACGAAGGGAUUUGUCGACGUUGAAAAUGUUGCGUUCACUUCGGAAGAUUUACAAACUUUCAGCCAAAUGUUGACCAAGUUUAACCGGGAAUUAAACGGCAUAAAACAAUUCAAAUUAACACAAGCUGGGAGCGUUUUUGACGGUGAUUAUAUCUUCGAAAUGUUCAAGAAAGCUGAGAUAUUUGAAGAAAACAGUUCGGGGAUAAGUGACUUGAUUGUGGGUGUUUUAGAUUUUAUGUCCACCACAAGCUACAUACAGAGAAGCGGGUUUGGGUUACAAAUUUUCAACAAUUUGCUGUUUAUUGCAUUUUACAAACAGGGACCAGAAUUUCGGCAAAAAAUUAAAGAAUGUUUCAAAGUACAAGUGGAAGACGAAAGACCCGAAUAUGUCAGGAGAACUCGGUACUCGCAAAAUAUGGACAAAAAAAACACUUGUCGCGUGUUAAAUUUUUGGUGUUUCAGUCCCGGGUUUGCAAUGAAUAUGUUAAUGGACCGCAACAUCCACUGCGUAAUCCUCACUAGCGGCACCUUGGCCCCCUUAAAACCCCUGAUAUCGGAACUGGAAUUGGAAAUUGGGGUCCGAAUUGAAAACCCCCACAUUGUGAAAGGCGACCAAGUUUGUGUCAAAAUUUUGAGCAAAGGCCCCGAUAUGGAGCCCCUAAAUAGCAACUUCGAAAAUCGCUCUAAUCCCAAAUAUUUACAAUCAUUGGGGCUCGUAAUUUCAAAUCUAAUCCGGGUAAUCCCCGACGGUGUUUUAAUUUUUUUCCCUUCUUAUGUCAUUAUGCAAAAAACGAUCGAACACUGGCAAAACGACGGCACUUGGGAUUCGAUAAACCGGACUAAACCGAUUUAUAUCGAACCUAAAGACAAAAUUGAAUUUGCGACCGCCAUGUCUGAGUAUUAUGCAAAAAUUCAAGACCCGAGCUACAGUGGGGCUAUUUUUAUGGGGGUGUGUCGGGGCAAAGUCUCGGAAGGUUUAGAUUUUGCCGAUAUCAACGGCAGGGCUGUCUUUAUAACCGGGCUCCCGUAUCCCCCCUUAAAAGACCCCAAAAUAAUACUCAAGAAACAGUACCUGGACUUCCGCUACUCAAAAAAUAAAGAGUACCUGAAAGGCGACGAUUGGUACAGUUUGGAAGCCACCCGUGCCAUAAAUCAGGCCAUAGGCCGAGUAAUCCGCCACAAAAGUGACUAUGGGGCAAUUAUUUUGCUCGAUUCUCGCUUCACCAAUCCGCGAAUAAAAAACAACUUGUCUUUAUGGUUGCGCCAACACAUCACCGAUAUGAAAAACUUCGGCGAAAUUAUACGCAACGUUCGUGUGUUUUUUCAAAAUGCUCAAAAAUUUUGCACGCCCUACGUUAAGGAAAUCGCCAUUGAGCCACUUAUUGAGGCAUCAACAAGCAAGGAAAUAAAUUCACGGGAAGAGGAACCUUGGGACUGUUCGCCUCCAAAGAAAAACCGCUAGUGUUAUUACUUGUAGUUUUAAUACGAAAAUAACUGUACUUUUUUAUCUAAAUAAACUACCAGAUCUUAAAA